UUAAAAUGUAGUCGAAGCGUCGUUUAAGCUUGAAAAGGAAAACCUAAAAGCAAUUCCUACAUCAGGAGCGGGAGAUAUAGAAAACAUAAUCGGGUCGGCAUCAUCGUAUACUCAUCAUAUGUGUAGUGUAAUGAAAAUGGGGGAUUCUAUUGACGAUGAUGUUGAUGGGUUGUCGGCUGAAAGCAAAAGCAAAUUCAAGAAGAUGAGGUUGAGCAGGUUAGGUCUUGCUCCUCGUGAAAAUUUUUCUUCGCUGGACGAGUUUUUUGCGCAAUUUAAGUACACAGGUGGCAGAGUUGAAAAGUUUGGGCAAAGCAGCAACACAAAUGUUGAAGAGAAACCCAAAACAACACCUGCACAAGUAUGUGUUGUUUCCCGAUCCUUGGGGAACAACAACUCGGAGGGAACCAGUAAUAAACAAGGAAAGUCUCAGGUAGUCAGAAUGCCGCCAAAAACAUGUGGGAAAAGAUCUUGGGCAGAGGUAUCGGUUGUUAAAGAAAAAGAAGAUGUACCUAAAAGGGGUAAAUCCCCAAGGAGGAAAAUGCCUACACUUACUGCUUCCCAGAAAGUGGACGAGGCUUACCAACGUGUUGGUCCUGGAAAUACAUGGAAGCCUCCCAGAUCCCCUCAUAAUCUAAUCCAAGAAGAUCACGCCCAUGAUCCUUGGAGGGUGUUGGUGAUAUGCAUCCUUUGUAAUAAGACAAAUGGUAAACAGGUUAAAAAAGUGAUCUCAGAUUUUUUUAAGCUUUGUCCAAGUGCAAAGGCUGCGACAGAGGUUCCUGUAGAGGAAAUAACAAAGUUAACAAUAUCUCUUGGUUUGCAAAACACUCGCGCGAGGAAGAUUCAGCGCCUUUCCAGUGAAUAUUUGGAAGAGAACUGGACCCAUGUCACCAAACUAUUUGGUGUUGGGAAGUACGGAGCAGAUGCAUAUGCAAUCUUCUGCACCGGAAAGUGGGACAGAGUGACGCCUGAAGAUUAUAUGCUCGAAAAGUAUUGGGAGUUCCUUCAUGGUAACAAAGUGACAUCGCAGUAAUGUUAUCCAUUCCAGAAAAGUUGUGAAAAAGUUAAUUAUAAACAGGCAGUUUGAUAUGAAUGAGGUCUGAGAUAACUUGUAUGUAAACUUAUUGUUAUGUUUCCUCUUUUCCUACCUUUACUUUUGAGGUUCAACCUUUUUUGGUAGAAACGGAAAUAUUUAUCUACUAACGACCAGCGUGUCUAGUGUGCCUACUCUGUAAUUCUAUGUCAGAGUCUCGUGAACAUUUAUUCGGUAGUUGUGUGUGUUCCAGAUUUAUUUUGUCUUCUUGGUCAA